ACUGAAAAAUGUGCGAUACACUUCAUAGACUAUAAAGGUUACAACAACUUAAAACCUUUUUUAAAAAAGGCUAACUCGGGCUCGAAAAGCUACGAGUCUGUCGGUAGAAGAAACGAGAACUGUUUCAGUUUUAACAAAUGUUUUCGGCAAAAAUAAAGAAAACGCUUGUUGAAAAACUUCCUGGUCGCUGUUACUAAAAAUUGUAUUGCGUGACUAGUGUGACUUUCUAGAAGCUUCGCGAGAGUUCAUAAUUUGUUUAUUUUAGGAUCUUGCGUAAGCGUUUCUAAAAGCGGUAUAUUUUGUAAUCUUUCUAUAAUUAGACUAUUUGGAAAGUUCUGGAAUCUUAUUGUAAACGUAUAUAAGGUAGGCGAGCCCGAGUUAAGUUUUAACUAGUUUUCACAAGCGAAGAGAGUUUGACGUUGGUCGUGUUUAGUCAAGUGUGACGAAGGCAGUUUUUAUUCAAGGUGGCGGAGGCCGCGUAAGUUUAACGAGUUACGUGCUGUUGUGGAGUUUUACUCAGUGGAAACUACGUUCAUCUUUGGAAUAAAUCUUGUUGUUGCUGUUCCGACAACCCUGCGUUCAGUUUAGUUUGCAAGCUACCCGUCCUCUAAAAGAUUACCCGCGUAAAAGUCGCAAACUCCCAAUAUAAACUCUUUGCACAAGUAACUGGAAAGAGGAGGAGAGACGUUGGGCUUGAAGUGCCAGUAAAGUACAUUCAAGCGGAUAUUCAAGGCAUGACUUUAAUAAAAAACAAGUAAUAAUCCACAGCAAGAGGGGAUAAAGCUCCAGCUUUAUCCUCUCUUGUCCACAGAAAGGAGUUUGUUCCCAAUAACGAUUGAAAUCCGGAAUCCAAGUUCUACUAAGAGAGAAUAGAUCAUAGUCUCUUGGUUCUACUGACAAAGACUUGAAUCCAGUACCUGGAAUCUGGAAUUACUUACCUAAUUUAUUGUCUUUUCUUAACUCUGGUGGAGUUGAUAACUUACCGUUUUCAGUGUCUGGUUUACUUUCUUUUUCAGCUUCAUGAUAUCGGGCGUUAUUAUUUCCUUACCUACUUACUCACUUAGUUAUUUACGAUGCAUGUUUUCAAGAUUUGACUGAGACGCACAUUGAAUGGCUUCCUAUUGUCAGGUUGUCCUGGUUGCCAUUUAGGGGAAGAGAACAAGAAGUUAUAUUGAACUCUCUGGGUUGCCGUCUCAGUUGUAAAAAUAAAAGCAUUAAGCGAAAAUCUUGCUUCGAGGAACAGCCUCCUUUCUGUGGAUUAUUAGUUGUUUCCAUGUUAAAUUCAUGCCUUGAAUACCGCUUGAAUGAAGUUUCAUGCGCCUAUUUACAUUUUCUUUCAGUUUUGCCGAAAACAUUUGUUAAAUAUAAGAGUUCUCGUUUCUUCUACCGACAGACUCGUAGCUUUUUGAGCCCGAGUUCGCUUUUUUUAAAAAAAAGGCUUUAAGUUGUUGUAACGUUUAUAAUCUGUAGUCUAUGAAGUGUAUCGCAUAUUUUUCAGUAAUUGAACCCUUAAGCAUUUGUGAGCAAUUCAUCGACAACAAGAAAGCAAUGGUAACUUAUGGUAACUUUUUUUUAUCAGAUACUGUUAUGCAUAAGUAUAUUCAAAGCUGAAUUUACACAUAACUGGGCCCGACGGAAAGAAAAAAAAAAUAAACUUGCGCUGAACACAAAAGUCGGCCAGCUUUUUCUGUUAGGUCUUUUCUUGAGACAUUAUUUUGUUGACUCUAACAUCCGUGACCUGUAAAUUGGCUACCGUAGAGUAUUGUGCAUAAAAAAGAUUUUUUCCCUUUAUAUUGUGUUCAUAUCAGUCGUUUUCACUCAGCUGUUACCUCGAACCCCAAAUCAUUUUCCCCUGCCGCGACAUUGGACCCGCGACCGCGACUUUGGACCCGCGACCGCGACUUUGGACCCGCGACCCCGACUUUGGACCCGCGACCGCGACAUUGGACCCGCGACCGCGACUUUGGACCCGCGACCGCGACUUUGGACCCGCGACCCGCGACUAUUAGUCAAACUCCUUAAGGGCACAUUCAUGUGACUUUUGAGGAAAAGGCUAAGUUAUUUUAGAGUGAAACAUCUUACAUCGAAUUGGUAACUUUAUAUGUACACCCAAAAAAUAGCAAACCUCUUCGAUCACAUUCAAGAUCACAGUAGAUUAGGCCUCGAAAACAAAUUCUUGGAAAACAAAGCACGCCGAAUUUUUUGCGUUCAACAGGUUUACUUUACAAAUUCUUACCAACAAAUCUGGGGGUGUUUAAACCAACCUUUUAUAAUUUUUAUACAUCACAUUUGAGGUGAAACAAUACUAUUUAUCAUACAGACCUCGGACAGAAUACGGUAUUUCACAAUUUUUCAAGACAAAUUGCACUCAGUCAAUAUUCAGGACGAUCAAUCAUAGGCUUAAAGCGAAACCGUUCUCGUUUCUAUAGUGCGAGCAGUCAGUGUGGUCGAGUGUUUGAAUGAACUUUAAUAGAGUUACGCUUCAACAUAAUAGCGAAUU